AUGUUUUUAUUUCAUAAUAAUUCCUUAUUUGAUUCUUUUGAUUAUUGGCUGGAGCAUAACAGUCAUAUCUUCUAUAAAGCAACUUCUCAAUUUCCAUCCUCAAGCCUUGAAGCUAAACGAAUCUUUAUAUGCUGAAUAUUGUAUUCCUCAUUCCUAUCUGGGAUGAUCAGAAUUUUCUUUUCAGAAACAGCAUGGCGAACUUUACGAAAAGCAUUGAGGAUUGAUAGGAGCUAUAGCACAAGAAAUAAUUAA